UGUCACAAAAGCGCAUCGAUUUUCGAAACAAAACAUAAAUAAAACGAAUUCAUUCCCUACAGAGCAGUCUUUGGCUAAUCAUCGUCCACCGAUUUUGUUAAAUUCAUCAUAAUUUUUCACAAGUUGUGUACUUCUGUGAUGUCAAUUGUAAAUAUCAUAAUUAAUUGGCAGCUAAUGUCAAAAGCCUGAAGUUUGGUGGCGGGAAUUGCACUUUGUUGAUUAUUUGGUAAAUUCGCCACGCUGCCUAGGUCGGUGAUCAAAGUUAUGAAGAUCAAACUGCCGCGAGACCGUUUCCCGUCGACUUCAUCGACGGAGGACAACGAGAGCGGCAAUGAUUGGGAUGCUGAGGGUCGCCAUCCCGUUAUGACGCAUCCCCGUCAUCCUCCACCACCCCAGCAAAGAAUAGAUAGUACGGAUUGGAAUCCGGACAGCCGUCAUCUUGCCAUGACUCACCAACGGCACCCACCGCCACCCCAGGCGGUGAUAGUGGGGUCGGUGCGCAAACGCCGCGGGAACUUGCCCAAGCAUUCUGUGAAGAUCUUGAAGCGAUGGCUGUAUGAUCACCGCUACAAUGCGUACCCCAGUGAUGCCGAGAAAUUGGCGCUCAGCCAAGAGGCUAACCUCACUGUUCUACAGGUUUGCAACUGGUUCAUCAACGCACGCCGGCGCAUUCUGCCCGAGAUGAUCAGACGCGAGGGUCACGACCCGCUCCACUACACCAUAUCCCGUCGCGGUAGGAAGCAGCCUGGCGCCAUGGCUGGCGUGGGACCCAUGGUGGGGUUAGGUGGAGCCUCCACUUCGGGUCUAGGGGUCCCUGGUGGGGAUAAUGUCACUGUAGCGUCGUGGGAUGGGAUUGUUGUUGAGAACGGACCAGAUGGUCGCUCCCACGACUAUGGAGACGGUCUUCUAGUCUACCGAAGUGAUGGUGAUGAGCUGGGAGACGGGGAAGAGGGCUACUCCAGCACCAUCAGCGAAGAGGAGGUCAAGUACGAUCCUUCAGUCUGGCAGUCCGUUAUACGGUAUGGACCAGAGGACCAUGACUUGCAUCCAGCUGCCAGGGACAGACCAUCAGUGGUAUCGAUGUCCACCUCCAAAGACAUGGUAGACCAGAUGAGCGAGGCGCACGACACUGAUUCCGAACAGUUCUGCUCGCGAGCAGCGCGGGCUAUUGUCAAAAGCUGCAGUACGGCGUCGGUGGUGACAGUGACCACGACUGAGGAGAUGGUGGAACAGGUCCCGGAGCCGGUGUCGAGCAGUGAGGACGGGUGGCAGGCGCUAGCACACCCUCAGCUGGCGCACCUGCCGCAGCUGCCGCACCCGCUGCGCGCGCGCCGCAUGCAGGUGGUGCCGAGCAGGCCGGAGGGCGAUCAGGAUAAGUUCAAGUGCCUGUAUCUCCUCGUGGAGACCGCAGUAGCCGUGCGUCAGAGGGAGAAGGAACAAGAGGAGGCUAUGCUCCCUGUUUAGCACAUCAUCCUUAACACAAACCAACCCUAACUUUAAGAUAAAAUACAUUGUCUCUGAUAUUUUUAGGAAACUAGGAAAAGUAUGGACACUUGGACAUAAUAUAUUAAGUGAAAUUAUUUUAUGUCAUAAAAAACCUGGUAUCUUUACCAAAUUAUUUUUAUAAGCAUAAAAACUUUCUUGAAAAAAGAUGAACGAAAAAGUUUAUGCUGCAUAACUUGGGAAAAGUUUCGUGGUCGUAAGAGAUAUUUUUGUUUAAGCCUAGCUAGAAGUUAAGCAUAUUAUUAACUUAAUAUUUUGUUAUUUGGAAUACAAUUCCCACUAGAAUAAGAUCGAAUGUUUUGUUAAAAGUUAAUCGUUAA